CGGGUCCCGCGGGGGUCCCUGCCGCCGACGCCCCGCGGGGCAUCCUUCCGCCGGCCGGCGCUGCGCCGCGUCCUCCCGGGGGCAGCCCCGGCGGGCGGUGGCUCUCCCCUUCCGGAGCAGCCGCGUCGAGCCGGCGUCUGGAAGCUGCAGUCCUGGAACUCGCUGCUGUUUCACGCAGGCCGCCCGUCGUGGGUGCGUGGGAAGCUGGCGGUGUGCUGCGCGCCCCGUUCUGCAAUCCUGUUUCAGCUGCGAACAUCUCUGCCCAGGCAGCACCCUCCUUCAUAUCCUUAUGGAUGCUCUCUGAAUCUUCCUCAGGCAGCCAUUCGUCCAGGACUUAUCAGGAAAUAAAACCCAAGAAAUGCCUCAUUCCACAAACAAAGAACUGAUAGUUGGCAUCAUGGUGGGAACUACUGGAAUCAGCUUGCUUCUUUUGUGGUACCACAAAGUUCGUAAAUCAAGGACAACACUGAAUUUACCUAAAUUUCUUUCUCUGGGUAAUAAGUUUGAUUCCAUGACUUUUCAAGAUGAAAUGUAUAAUGGCCAAGGAACAGCAGCAAUCUUUCAAAGAAGGCAGCUUCAGAUAUUGGAGAAGUUAAAUGAAUUACUGAUAAAUAUGGAAGAACUCAAAGAGGAAAUCAGAGUUCUUAAAGAAACCAUUCCAAAGCUGGAGGAAUAUAUACAAGGUGAACUUGGAGGGCGGAUAACUGUUCAUAAGAUAAGUCCUCAGCACAGAGCUAGAAAAAGAAGGCUUGCCACAGUUCAAAGUUCUGGAACAAGUAAUAGUUCAGAGGAAGCAGAAAGUGAAGGAGGGUAUAUUACAGCUAAUACUGACACAGAAGAACAGAGUUUUCCAGUCGCUAAGGCAUUUAACACACACAUAGAGGAGUUAAAUUUAGAUGUCCUUCUUCAGAAGGCUGAUAAUUUACGUAUGAAUGAAUGUAGCAAGUUGGAGAGUUUUGAACUACUUUGUGAUCACAAAGAAAAGUUUAGAGAUGAAAUAGAGUUUAUAUGGCGGUUAGCUCGUGCUUAUGGAGACAUGUAUGAGCUAUCUACUAACACACAAGAAAAAAAACAUUAUGCUAAUAUCGGAAAGACAUUAGGGGAGAGAGCUAUCACUAGAGCACCCACGAAUGGACAUUGUCAUCUGUGGUAUGCGGUUCUGUGUGGCUAUGUAUCUGAGUUUGAGGGCUUACAAAACAAAAUCAACUAUGGACAUCGCUUCAAGGAACAUCUAGAUAAAGCAAUCCAAUUUUUACCUGAAGAACCCUUUUUGUAUUACCUCAAAGGAAGAUACUGUUAUACUGUCUCAAAACUGAGCUGGAUUGAGAAAAAGAUGGCCGCUACUCUGUUUGGAAAAAUACCAUCCUCAACUGUAGAAGAAGCUUUGCAAAAUUUCCUUAAGGUUGAAGAACUACACCCUGGUUUUUCUAAGUCCAAUUACUUGUUCUUGGCCAAGUGUUACAUCGAUCUUGAACAAACAGACAACGCUGUGAAGUUUUGUAAUUUGGCAGUGUUGCUUCCUUGUGUUACCAAAGAGGAUACAGAUGCGCAGAGAGAAGUGAAAAAAAUAACCAGUUCCUUGAAGAGUGACCCAUCGAGAUACCCAGAUCGGUUCGACUGAUUCUUGCCCAAACUCUGACACCCGGUCUCACAUUGACACUGCUGGCUGGAAGGGACAGGAGUCUCAGUAGGUCCCUGCACAGAGCCCUGGUGUCCACAGGCUAGGAUGCCUCUGGCUCUCUAAACAGCUCCAGGAAUGUGCCAGUUGAGGCGGUGAUUGCCACUAGCAACAAAUGACAGAAUCAACCACGUUGUGGGAGCAGCUCAUCCCAGCAGAGAGCAGUGCAGAGACUUCUGCUAGGAAUUAUGAGGGACAUCUAAGCGAUCUCCGUGUGUUUUAACAAAAUUCCUGUUGAGUCCCUGGAGUCAAUAUGCCUUCAGGGGACAAAUUGAUGUCCCUUGGUUAAGUGAUCCUGUUUCUGGAUAAGGACCCCAUUGCGAAUAUAACACUUCUAAAAGUUACUUGAACCUUUAAAGCAUUCAGAAUUGUUGACACACUUAACAGUUUCUUCAGUAGGAUGUUAGCAGAGGAAACCUCCCCCUCGUCAUGUUAUACUGGAUCCCCUUCAUGCCGUCUGGGUCACGACGGAACAGUCUCCACGUUCAGUCUGCCCCCGUGAAAAGUGGAGUCUUUUUCUCAGGGGGCAGCACUGUUUUACUUCUGCAGUGAACUUUACACAAAGGGAGUCAUGUGAACUGGCUGUCGCUUUCUUUCUAUGGUUACUUCACUCCACUUGUGCUGCUGACCUGGGAGAAGACAGAAUCGCUCCAGAGCCCUUUCGGAAUGAUUUCUCCCCGGGGGUCCCUAAGGCCAAGCUAGUGACGCGUCGGCCACCACAAGGAAAACACGCAGACUCCUAAACUCCAUGCAAUUUGCAAAGUUAUCUUUCUUACUGAAUAAUGAAUGAUCUUUGCUGGAACAUGAAAAACUCCAUUGUGCCUAAUGGUUGUCAAAAAGCUGCUCAUUUGAUAAUAUUUGUAUGAUUUAGAAUGAUAAGCAGUGUUAACAGCUGCAUGUGACCAUGGAGACAGUCUUCUAGACCAACCUCAUUUUCCCUUCUCAUUUAGAUCAGAGUCUAAGCUCUGAUGCAUAAAUCACAUGGAAGGGGUCAGGGAGCUGGGGACUGGCUGAGACAGGACUGGGUUCCAGCUCUCGGAAUCUUGUGCUUUCUGUGGUCUUCUCUGAGCCCAGGACUUUUUACAUUUAACUGAUUGGAGCCCAGCCUGUCAGUGGUAGAUUAGGGAACGGCUCUGGAAAUGGUAACACUGCAGGGUAUUAACCCGUGAUUCUGCCUAGUUCAAGUGCUUUCCCUACCACAGUGGCCCGAUGAGAAGGAACAUUUGGUAUUACCCUAUUUACAGACGGGGCAGCUAAAGCAGGAGGCAUUAAAUACCAUACGGAGCACGGGAUGAGAUUUGAACUUGGGCAGUCUGCUCCAGUCCGUGCUAUAGUCGGAACCACUGUGCAAUCCUGCCAGCAAAUGGGGGUCAAGGGGAUGUGGGGGUAAAAGACAGAAGGUAGAAGGAAAAAAGGAGAAAAAAAGAACAGGAAAGGAAGAAAGGGUUCAGUAAGAAAGGAGUGGGAGAGAGAGAUGGUAAGGAAAGAGAACAAAGGUGAAAAAAUCUUUCUUUGUAGUUUUUGGAUAUUGAUACCCAUUUUCUGGUUUCCUAUGUUUCCAGCAACCUGUUGUGUAUCUUCCCUUCUAUUAAGUCUGUUUUCACAUUCGCCGCCUUCUCCUUUCCCAAGAUAAGGAAGGAGGGAAAAAGGAGGUGGUGAAACCUGCUUUCAGUGACUCGUUCACCUCGAUCUGUGUCGUGGGAGAGCCUCAGUGGAGACCUUACGACCUGUUAUUGGGCAGUUAACAACAAUAUUUCAUUUCCCAAUUAAAGACAAGUCACAUUUUAGAACCAAAUAUUGUUCAUAUCUUGCUGUUUCGUGACUUCUGUAGCUCCCAAACCAGGAUGUUGCUCUGGGUGCCCGAAGUCACAUCCUAAGCUUUUUAAAAAUAACUUUAUUGGGGUGUAAUUGGCAUUCCACAAUGCACAUAUUUCAGGUGGAUAACUUGAUGCGUUUUGAUCGAUCCAUCUCUCUAUAUAUAUAUCCCUGAAACCAUCACCACAAGAUAACAGACAUUUGCAUCACCCCAAAAGUUUCUUCACACCCGCUUGCAACCCCCCAAUUCUCCCUGCACCUCCCAUCCCCAAACAACCACCGACCUGCCUUCUGACACGACAGAUUGUAUUUUCUAGACUUUUGUAUAAUUAAGAUUGUAUAUUAAUUGUGUUUUCUCUUUUCUUGUCUGAUUUCUUUCAACAAAAUUAUUUUGAGAUUUGUUCAUCUCAUCAUGUGCAGUAAAAGUUCAUUCCUUUUUAUUACCGGGGGAUUUUUAUUGCAUGGAUAUACCACAGUUGUUUCUCCCCAUUCAUCUGUUGAACAUUUGGGGAGUUUCCAGUAUUUGAUUAUUACAAACGAAUCUAUGAAUAGUCAUAUAAAUUUUUUAAGUGGACAUAUGCUUUCAUUUCUCUUUGAUAAAUACAUAGGAGUAGAAUGGCUGAAUCAUGUGAUAGAUCUCUGUUUAGCAUUUAAAAAAAUGGUCAGAUUGUUUUCCAAAGUGGUUAUCCCUUUUUAUAGUCCCACCAGCAAUGAAUCAGAGUUCCACUUCCACCACCUUAUUAACAACUAGGUAUCGUCAUUCUCCAUAAUUUUAACUACUGUUCUGUGUGCAGCGAUUAGAAUUUAAUUGGGUCUAUUUGGGGUUUUAGUUUGCAUUUCCCUAAUAGCAAAUUACACUGAGCAUUUUUUCAUGUGCUUAUUUGCCAUUCAUGUAUCUUUGGUGAAAUAUCUAUUCAAAUUUUUUGUCCAUUAUUUUAAUUGAGAUACUUGUUUUCUUUUUUAUUGAAUUUUGAGAAUUCUUUAUAUAUUAAGUAUGAUAGAAGUUCUUUAUUAGAUAGAUAAUUUGUCACUGUUUUCUGUAUGUCUGUGGCUUGUCUUUUAAUUUCCUUAACACUGUCUUUGACAAAAGUUUUUCAUUUUGAUGAAUCAAUUUAUACUUUAAUGUAUGUUGUUUUCGGUGGUAUAUGUAAAUAUCUUUGCUUAAUAUGAGGUCAUAAAAAUUCUCUCCUAUAUUUUCUUCUAAAAAGCUUAUAUUUGAGGUUUUACAUUUAAAUCUGUGAUCCAUUCUGGGUUAACUCUUGUAUACAGUGUGAGGUACGGAUUGAAACUCAUUCAUUGUGUAUGUGGAUACAGAAUUGUUCUAGCACCAUCUGUUGAAAAGACUGUUGUUCUCCCAUCAAGUUGCCUUUGCACCUUUGUCAAAAAUCCAUUUUCCACACAUGUACGUACUUUCUAUUUUGUUCCAUUGAUCUAUUCCAUUGAGUAUUAAUGCCAACACCACACUGUUGACUACUGUAGUUUUAUAUUCCCUUGAAAUCAGAUAUUAUUAUUCCUCCAGCUUUGUUUCUUCUCAAACUUGUUUUGGCUAUUCUAGCUUCUUUGCAUUUCCAUCGAAAUUUUAGAAUCAGUUGUUUAAUUUCUUUAAAAAAAAAAAGUAAGAUUUUGAUGGGCAUUUUGUUGUUCAAUUUGUCUCCUCAACUCAGGGAGAUUGUGGGACUCCUUUCAGGCUCCCCCUCUGUUCAUGAUCUCCUGGAAGCUCUCUCAAAGCAAUAACCCUGGGCAGAUGCAGGGCUUAUCCUGUCUGUUACAAUCUCUCAGGGGUUACUGUCCUUUCUUUCCUACUCCAGGAAAACCAUAGAUUCAUACAUUUUGUCCAUAAUUUGGAUUUUGAAGAAGAGAAAUUGUAACUUCAGGAACACUUGUCACUCUGGAACACUUUCCAGUCCUCCAAGCCAUUCUAUUGUACAGCAAACUUAAGCAUAUUAAAUUGUUUCUUAAAACAAAUUUCUAUAAUAUUCAAAUGUAUCCAUUCUAUAAUAUAAAACAAGUUGAGCAAUUGUACUAUGAAAUUAAUUAUUUAAUUAGACUUUGGUUUCUAACUCAGGUAAUUUGUUUUUAAACAGCAUUUUUACACUUUGGCAAAUAAAGUUUGCAUGUGAAGAAUUAAAUUAUACCUUUCUUCCUCCUUCAGUACUUGAGAUUUACACAACCCUACUAAUUUAAAUUUAGGAAACUUGACUAGGAAAAGAAUCUGCUGAAAAUUACAAGUAGAAACAUCAUUUAGAAUUAUUAAUGUCACUCAGCUGUGCUGUUCAUGGACCCCUCAGUGGGCAACCACUUCCUGUCAGGUAGACUAGUCACACCAUGCUGUGUAUGGAAUCAUCUGGAACCCAACAUUGGUUGUCCUAAUUUUUUAAAAGGUCCCAGUCAGGAGUGUCUGGGUGGCUUAAUUGGUUAAGUGUCCAACUUUUGGUUUCGGCUCGGGUGGUGACCUCAGGGUCCUACAGUUGAGCCCCACACUGCAAACAUCUCUAUCCCCAGUCUAGGCCUGGCUCAAGUGACAGAAGCUCCAUCAUAAAUCCUUCCUGAUCCACAUUUCUAGAUGUGCUCUCUCCUUCCUCAAAAUAGCAAGGCACUUCUUGUGUCCUUUGUCAGCCUGACUAGCCAUCAGAUCUUCAGCAAGGGGAGGACAAGGACCAUCUAUUAGUCACUUUUCUAUUACCUAUGUGGCUGUCUGCUCUCAAUUAACACGUGUUCAACUAACCCAAACAACUCAAGAAACACAAAAGCACUUCACAGCUCCUAGGGUUCCUAAAAGAGGAGAUUAAGGGUCACUUCUACCCUUGGGAGAUGACGUGACAGGGAGCAAGCAGAGGGAAGGAGAGGAGAGCAGGGCAGGAAAUGGAUCCACCCUGUAGCUCAAGGGCUAGGCCAGAGGCAGUAAGCAAGCUCAAGGCAAUGCCAAGACCAGUCCUUGACUUCAAAUUCCUAGAACUCUCUUAUUCCCCUAAAAACAACACAGACACGGGGACAUUCCUUUUCUUUUCUUUUCCUUUUUUUUUUUUUUUUUAACUAUAGCCUGCAUUGAAUGGAAUGUGGACUGUAUUCUAGACUUAAUCAUGGUGGCAUUUCUAAGACCCAGUUGCUAUUUUUUUUCUUUUUGAAAUUUUAAUUCAUAUUCCAUUUCCAGGCUUCAGUUUGCAGUCUCUUGGUUUAGUAAUAAAGUGACUCCUGCCAUACCCCAGUGUGGAACUUAACAUGGUUUAGAAUGGUAGUGACAGAGGACUGUUCCUAACAGCCACCUGGUGAGAGCAAGUGCGGCUCUCGGAGGACACUUAGCCCUUGGUGCUUCCUGCUAACAGAUUGGUAAAUUUUUGAAUGAGGUGAUUUUUAUUGCUUUCAGAACCAGUCCCAUAGCAUGUACAUCUACUGAUACGACAUAUACUAUGUUUAUAACAUUGUAAAAGUUGUCUUGGGAAUGUGAAAAAAAACAAAAAACAAAAAAACGCUCCUUUGUAUUCAUAUCAAACUUUCACUUUUUCAAAGUGUUAGCACCAGAUGUAACAUUUCGUUGCAAGCCUUUUACUUGCUGAGGUUGGCAAGGACAUGGUGCCAUCUUAACUUGACCAUGAGGAAACCGGAACGAGGUUAGAUUUUCUGGAAGUCACAUACCUAGCUAAUGAGACAGUGGACACCGGACCCUGGGGCCCUGACUCCCAGCCCUGGUGUAUGCAGUAAGGGAGGAAAUCAUAUUCAGAUCCAUACAAUCAGCUUUAAACCAUUUUAGAUUUAAUGUACUUAGGAACUCUUUUUCCUUUGUUUAUAUUUACCUAAAAACUGCCUGUGGCCGUCUAUCUUUUCUCAACACAAAGAAUUCUUGAAAUUCAUGUAAUUGUUAACUUAGCCAACCACACAAGUAUCUCCCACAGUGGGAGAAAUGGUUCAUUGGAAAGGAAAACAGUAAUUAAGAUGGGCUUUGGAUAGGGAGUGCAGUGUCCAUAGAAUAUAAAUUCAUAGGAAUGUCCUGGAAAGGUGCCUUACUCUACUCAGGGAACAAUUUCUGUAUAUCUGGUGGCGGUAAUUUCUCUAAAAGAUGCUGCUCACAGUCAUACUUUGUUUAUAUUUUAAUUUUGAUGUAAUUAUGUGAAUCAUCACUGUUCCAUAACCAUAAUUUACAUUUCAGAACAUACUUAGUGGAGAUUAUGAUCUAUCUCGAAGUCACAACUCCCUCCUCCCCAAAUCUAGACUGUUCCAAUGUGGCUCACUGAGUUGGCCGAGAAGCUUGGGGAUGAGGGGAAGUUUAUUUAGAUUUUCCCAAACUUAGGUGAUUUUCACCUAAGUGAAAAACCCCCUGGUUUCUUUUCAAAGAGGAUAACUUGCUGGGGGCACCCAAGCAAAAGCUGCCCAUCACCUUCUGACCUCCCACCUUGUCUCGAACUGGAAAUGCUCUCAGAGCAGGGACCACCUUCGGGAUGCACAGGGCCCAGGAGGAAUGCUUUUCCAAACCACAGUUAGCUAGACCCCAAAUUAAGUGUCUUGUUCAAGAGAGGAGCCAGUGAACUGAGUUGGGUCUCAAAAGAAACAUCCAACCAAGCACACCACACCAUGGCUGCCAGGCUAGACUCAGCCGCCAUCUUUGUACAGCACUAGGGCAGAUGUGGGGCUGAGUUGCUCUCUGUCCGUCAUCCCCCAGGCCUUUCUCAGAAGCGAGUGAUAUCUCUCACUGGUUCACCUGUCCUGAAAGUCCAUUUAUCAGAAGGGCCUCCUCCUUCUCUUCUUACUUCUUGUAAACGUUACAUACAACCAAAUGCAUUCAUGUGAAGCGUACAGGGUGAUGAGUCAGGACAAAUGUAUACAUCAAGUUAAACCCUACCACAAUCGAGAUAUAAAUAUGUGCAUCACUCCAGAAGGUUCCCUUGUGUCCCUCUAGCCCGCACCCCAGCCUCAGGCAACCAUAAAUCUGCUUUCUGUUACUAUAGGUUGUUUUUGAGAACAUCACAUAAAUGGAAUCAUUCCUUCUCCAAGCACAUUUUUGAGAUUCAUCUGUGUUUUCGGGUGUAUCAAUAAAUAGUUCAUUCCAUUUUGUUGCUGUGUAAUACUCAUAAUUUGAAUGUCAUAAAUCAUUUGUCAAUGCACCUAUCUGGGGUUGUUUGCAGUUUGGGGUUAUUAUGAAUAAAGCUGGUGUGAACAUUCA